AAGGGGCGGGAUCUGGGAGGGUCGGGCUGUGGCCGGAAGUGCCGAGCGGCCGGACACCCCCCUCAUGGAGGCGGCGGCGGUGGUGGCGGUGGCGGUGGCGGUGACGGUGGCUUUGGGACGGUGACGGAGAGCGCGAGCCCGGCGAUCCUUCCCUCCCUACCCCCAGAUGCUGUGCGCCCUUUGACCCUGCCCAGACCCCGACCCUCCCCCCCCCCCACGCCGGGACGAUGGUGAAGUAUUUCCUGGGGCAGAGCGUGCUCCGGAGCUCCUGGGACCAAGUGUUCGCUGCCUUCUGGCAGCGCUACCCCAACCCCUACAGCAAACAUGUACUGACCGAGGACAUUGUGCACCGGGAAGUCACUCCUGACCAGAAGCUGCUAUCCAGGCGGCUUCUGACAAAGACCAACAGGAUGCCCCGCUGGGCGGAGCGCUUCUUCCCUGCUAACGUAGCCCACUCGGUAUACAUCCUAGAGGACUCUAUCGUGGACCCACAGAACCAGACCAUGACCACUUUCACCUGGAACAUUAACCAUGCCCGGCUGAUGGAGUUUGGCCUGGCUAGAUUCAAAAGUAAUGUGACCAAGACCAUCAAAGGCUUUGAGUACAUCUUGGCCAAACUGCAAGGUGAAGCUCCUUCUAAGACACUUGUUGAAACAGCUAAGGAAGCAACUGAGAAGGCAAAGGAAACUGCUUUGGCGGCUACUGAGAAGGCCAAGGACCUGGCUAGUAAGGCAGCCACAAAGAAACAGCAGCAGCAACAGCAACACUAUGUUUAAAGGAGCCAUCCUGCUGCCUCCCCUGCACCGGAAGGGCCCUGCUGCCCUCUUAGAUUGCCAGUCCCCAAGACUGAGAGCCUCCUGGCAAGACCUGAGCUUGGAGUCCAGAGCCCCAGCCCCCAAGCAGACCAUCAGCACAAUGCAAGCCCACAGACAAUCCAGCUCUUGUCCCAUUACCUGCCCUGUGUCCGAGUUGUAAUUUAUCAUUAAAAAUCAAUUUUCAGUCUU